GUUAAUCCUAAUAAUCAACUUUGUGACAUUUAUCGAAAACACGACACAUUAUUAAAACUUGCUCACAUGAUUUGGGUUUCCCCACUUUCCACAGCAGCGUACUCAGUAUGAUCAAUCUUACUUUCACACACCACCAUCCAGGUCAUCAUGAAAGACUCAACGCAUAUCGGGAUCAUCGGGGCAGGAAUAACCGGACUAGCUUGUGCUCAUAUCCUCUCGAGCAAGUACAAAGUUAUAAUCGUUGCGCGUGAUUUGCCCGGAGAUCUGGGGACCAAAUGGGCAAGUCCAUGGUUCGAGAACACUCGAUUUCACCAUUGCAUUACCUUUCUGACAUAGUAUGUAAUAGGGGAGGAGCAGUCUUUCAUCCACAGGCAACGAACAGCUCUGUUCUUCGGAAAAUGCAAAGUGACUCAUUUGCUUUCUACGAAAAGCUCGCUAAAGAAAACUCAACGUGUGGCGUUCAGAUGUAUCCUAUGACCGAAUACUUUGAUACCGAAGGUUUUGACAAAGAUCCGUGGUACAAGUCAUUGAUGCCGGAUUACCGUGUUGUACCCUCUUCGGAAUUACCACCAGGAAUUGUAUUCGGGGUGAAAUACACGUCCUUAGCUAUUAACCCUCUCAUCUUCCUUCCUUGGUUGGAAUCCAGACUUCUAGGACGUGGUGUAAACUUCUUUAGAAAAGAAGUUAGUUCGCUAGAAGAGGCGAAAGCCAUCACAGGAUCUAAACUGUUGAUUAAUGCCUCCGGCGUCGGCGCCAAACAUCUUGCAAACGACACUUCAGUCCACCCUAUCCGUGGCCAAACCAUGUUCGUGAAGUCAGAUGUCGAAAGGCUAUUCAUGUUAGAAGGCACAGAAUACACAUACAUAAUCCCUCGACCUCUUUCCGGUGGCGUCAUUAUUGGUGGAGUCAAGUCUGAGCGGUUAGAUACGGAUGUCGACGCUUCCCUCAAGGCGAACAUUUUAGCGAGGGUGAAUCGGAUUUCUAAAGGGGCUUUUGCGAAUGUCGAUUUGGAGGAUGUGCAGGAUAUUGUUGGGUUUAGACCGGGUAGACGUGAGGGUUUGAGGGUUGAGAGAGUGGGGAGUGUAGUGCAUGCUUAUGGGGCAGGGGGGGCGGGAUAUAUUUAUUCUUUUGGUGUUGCGGUGAGGGUUUGGGAACUUGUUGAAGGGGGUGAGAAGGAUUUGAGANGGUAGUGCAUGCUUAUGGGGCAGGGGGGGCGGGAUAUAUUUAUUCUUUUGGUGUUGCGGUGAGGGUUUGGGAACUUGUUGAAGGGGGUGAGAAGGAUUUGAGAGGGAAGCUAUGA